AUGUCCACCGAACCUCUCGACGAGAUCCAGUGGAAAUCUCCCGAAUGGAUUCAACAAUUCGGUCUUCACACGGGUAAUGUCCUCGACUACUUUGCCGAAUCGCCCUUCUACGAUAGAACUUCCAGUAAUCAGGUAUUACGGAUGCAGUUUCAAUUCCAACAGAUCCCUCCCCAUAUCCACCCACAAAAGUAUAUUGAGCUGAAGCUCACAGAAAUGGUGGGCAUUGAGUUUGUGAUAGCGUACGUGAAGGAACCUGAUUUCUGGAUUAUCAGGAAACAACGCAGACUAGACCCCACCACCACUACAACUGAGCAAGACUACUACAUCAUUGGUGCCAACGUGUACCAGGCGCCCAAGAUAUAUGACAUUCUCAGCGCCAGGCUUCUAUCUAGCGUAUUGUCUAUGCGAAAGUCGAUCGAUUUGCUCAAUAAAAUGACGAAGUUCAGCAUAUCUGAAGGUGGACAUCUAUAUCCAUCUGACAAGGAGAGUGCCAGCAACGGCGGAAACGCAUCUGUGCAAGUGUCCACAAACCCACCCUCGGCAAUGCCCUCUACAACGAAUAUUCCAAGCCUUAACCCAGCAGCUACUCCUCUGUUCCCGAAUCUGACACCAGGGACAAGUCAAGCCCAGCCUUCGAACGGAGAACCGGGCCUGAGCUCCAUCAUGAGUAAUGUCUCCAACAUUAAUAGUGAGGUACUGGCUACAGCCUUCAACAAUCUACUCAAUUCGGUAAUGGCGUCAGCCAAUAACGACAAAAACAUCUACUUGGAUGAUAUCCCAUUGUAUGGGAAAGGCAGUACCGUGGAACAACUAGGGCUCAAGUUGAACUUAAAUGACGAUGACGAUGAUUAG